AUGGCUGGGGUAUUGGAUUGUGAAAUUGUGGAUGAAGGUACAUUUUCUUUAAGGCACCAGGGUAGUAAUAGAAGGUCUAAGAGGGCAAGAGUUGUUUUGGAUGGCGAGGAAAGUGACGAUUGGACACUGGGAAAAAGUGGUGGGGAAGAGGAUGGUGAUGGUGAGUACGAGAACGAAGAGAAGGAUGGAAUUGGAGCGGUUAAAGAAGUGAAAGAAGUACAGAAGCACGACAAUUGGGUUGAACGUCUAAACGUUAUAGUCCUAAUUUAUUUCUACUUUGUAGUCCCUGCUUCAUUAUCGACACUUGUAAAGGAAAUACGUUCAGUAUCUUCAUCAAUAAUAAAGAAUAAAUAG